AUGAUGAAGCAGGCUGUGCCUAGAGCAACAGACUCCCUCGCGACUCCUCCUGGACCCCUCCAAAAGGCCCCUGCUCUUGACAUGGCCUCAGUCCCUACCGUCGCUCCCCAGGAGACCCCACGGUCAGACCCUCCCACACGCAUCUUUGGCCUCCAUGAUGCCCCUUGCUACCGUCCCACUGCCAAGGAGUGGAUGGAACCUCUCAAGUAUAUCGAACGCAUCCGCCCCGACGCCGAGAAGGCUGGCAUCUGCAAGAUCAUCCCCCCAGAGGGUUGGAAACCCCCUUUUUGUCUGGAUACUGAGGUCUUCCGCUUCAAAACUAGGAUCCAGCGCCUUAAUUCGAUGGAGGGCCAGACCAGGACAAACCUCAACUACCUCGAUCAGCUCUGCAAGUUUCACCGCCAGCAGGGCCACCCUGUCUUCAAGAUCCCCCAGCUCGACAAACGACCCAUUGACCUCUUCCAACUCAGAAAGGAAGUUACCUCUCGCGGCGGCUACCAAAAAGUCACCGCCGCUAAGAAAUGGGCUGAAAUUGGACGAGGACUCAACUACACACGGAAGCAGUGCACCUCAAUGUCCAACGCCCUCAAGAACGCCUAUCUCAAUAUCAUCAUGCCCUACGAGUCCUACCUCGCCAAACACAAACCAACUCUUUCAGCGAAUGACAACGCGACUGGCACUACCGUAGGAGUCAAAAGAGAGGCUAGCUCAGAUUCAACAAUGGAGACAAGUCAAGGAUCGUUGGUCACCCCUGCUGCAUCCCCGCCCAGCCAUCACGAUACACCUGCACCCCCAGCACGACGAUCAAAGCGUAUCAAGAAGGAGCCUACUUCGUAUACAGACUCAACACCUACUUCGCCGGCUACAUCUCAAUCGAACCGCCUCUCAGCUGAGCCAGUGCCCGCUAAGGCUGUGGAUGAAGCUGAAGCUAAUCCCAAAGCUAUCUGCGAACUUUGCCACGAAGGCGGACACUUGGACAGGAUGUUGAUUUGCGACGGCUGCGAGCGUGGACACCACACCUUCUGUCUCAACCCCCCACUUCAGCAUAUUCCCAAGACGGAUUGGUACUGCGCAAAGUGUCUCAUCAACGGCGAGGACUUUGGCUUCGAGGAGGGCGAAGAAUACUCUCUGAGCUCUUUCCAACAAAAGUGCAACACCUUCAAGAAGGAAUAUUUCGAGAAGCAGGGAUUUGCUGACGGCAAGGCUCCCGAGGAUGCAGUCGAGCGAGAAUUCUGGAGACUUGUCGAGAGCACCUUUGAGACUGUGGAGGUGGAGUACGGAGCCGACCUUCAUUCCUCACAACACGGCAGUGGAUUUCCUACGAGCAAGCGUGACCCCAAGAACAAGUACUCGAGCCACCCAUCCAACCUCAACAAUAUUCCCGUCCUUCAAGAUUCACUCUUCCGUCACAUCAACUCGGAUAUCUCGGGAAUGAUGGUCCCAUGGCUUUACGUUGGCAUGUGCUUCUCGACCUUCUGCUGGCACAACGAGGACCAUUAUACCUAUUCGAUCAACUACAUGCACUGGGGCGAGACCAAGACUUGGUACGGGAUCCCAGCAUCGGAUGCUCACAAGUUUGAGGAAACCAUGAAGCAGUCUGUCCCUGAGCUGUUUGAGCAGCAGCCUGACCUGCUCUUCCAGCUCGUCACUAUGCUCUCCCCAGGACGGUUGGUGGCGAACGGCGUCAAGGUUCUUGCGUUGGAUCAAAGACCAGGACAAGUCGUUGUCACCUUCCCUCAGGCAUACCACGCUGGAUUCAACCAUGGCUUCAACUUUGCGGAGGCGGUGAACUUUGCUCCGCCUGACUGGUGUCACUUUGGAGUCGAAUGCGCACAACGCUACAAGGAACAUCGGAAGCAUCCCGUAUUCUCCCACGACGAACUGAUUAUGACGACGGCGCUGAGAGACACGACCCCCGCGACAGCCCAGUGGUUGCAGGACGAGAUGGUCGAGUUGCUUGAGCGGGAGACAACGCAGCGUGCGCAUGCCCUGAAACAGUGUCCUUCGAUUCGCGUGAUCCACGAAGGUGUCGACCGACCAGAGGAUGAGGUCCAGUGCCUGCACUGCAACUCUUACAUCUACCUGUCACAGAUUGGAUGUAGCUGCACCAACAAAGUUGUGUGUAGCGACCACAUGGACGAGUCGGAGCACUUCUUGAGAUUACGAUACUCAGACGACGAGCUUCGUCAAAUCUCUGAGAGGGUCCAUGCCAUUGCUGCUGCUGCCAAAGCAUAA